GCAUUGGAAAACCUAGUUUGGAAGAAGAAUAAAGAUAUGGUUGAUGCUGAACUACAACAGCUGAGGAUGAAGCGGCGAGCGUCAGACAGAGGAGCUGGGGAAACAUCCGCAAAGGCAAAGGCUCUUUGUACAGGGAUUUCUGGAAGUAAUGCCAAGAGAGCAGGCCCUUUCAUCCUAGGUCCACGUUUAGGUAACUCCCCGGUGCCAAGUAUUGUUCAGUGUUUGGCAAGAAAGGAUGGGACAGAUGACUUCUAUCAACUAAAGAUUCUUACCUUGGAGGAAAGGGGUGACAAAGGAAUAGAAACCCAGGAGGAGCGACAGGGCAAGAUGCUGCUGCACACAGAGUACUCUCUCCUUUCCCUUCUGCACAAUCAGGAUGGAGUGGUUCACCAUCAUGGGCUCUUUCAGGACCGAACUUGUGAAAUCAUAGAAGAUCUGGAAACCAACAGAAUGGUCAGGAAGAUGAGGAAGCGCAUUUGCCUUGUUUUAGACUGUCUCUGUGCUCACGAUUUCAGUGACAAGACAGCAGAUUUAAUCAACCUGCAGCAUUACGUCAUUAAAGAGAAGAGACUCAGCGAACGGGAGACUGUUGUUAUAUUCUACGAUGUGGUACGAGUGGUGGAAGCAUUACACAAGAAAAAUAUUGUGCACAGAGACUUGAAACUAGGAAACAUGGUGCUAAACAAAAGGACUCACCGAAUAACCAUAACAAACUUCUGUCUUGGAAAGCACCUAGUGAGCGAAGACGACCUGCUGAAGGAUCAGCGAGGGAGCCCCGCGUACAUCAGCCCAGACGUUCUCAGUGGUCGGCCGUAUCGUGGGAAACCCAGCGAUAUGUGGGCACUGGGCGUGGUGCUCUUCACCAUGCUGUACGGCCAGUUUCCCUUCUAUGACAGCAUACCUCAGGAGCUCUUCCGCAAAAUCAAGGCUGCCGAGUACACCAUCCCUGAAGAUGGGCGGGUUUCUGAAAACACUGUGUGUUUGAUCCGAAAACUGCUGGUGUUGGAUCCGCAGCAGCGUCUCACGGCCUCCGAAGUACUGGAAUCCCUCAGCUCCAUCAUAGCAUCGUGGCAGUCCAUGUCCUCACUAAGUGGCCCUUUGCAAGUGGUGCCUGAUAUUGAUGACCAGGUGACUAACCCAGAAACCCCCCAAGAGGCGAAGGUGACCGAAGAGUGCUCGCAGUACGAGUUUGAGAACUACAUGAGGCAGCAGCUGCUCCUGGCUGAGGAGAAGAACACGCUGCACGAGGCGAAGAGCUUCCUGCAGAAGCGGCAGUUUGGGACCAUCCCGCCCGUGCGGCGCCUGGGGCAUGAUGCCCAGCCCAUGAACCCUUUGGAUGCUGCCAUCCUGGCCCAGCGAUACCUUCGGAAAUAG